ACCAAUAGCGUCGUGGCUACCGUGAUGACGUGCUUGUUGCUAACGCUGCGCUGCUGUUUGAGGGAGGCGUGGAUGGCUUAUCUUUUCUUCUUGUAAGCCGGGGCUGAAUCAUGGAGCCCGUUCUGCAAGCAAGAGGCAAACGGGAGAAUGUUCUCGGAAACGCCAGAGAGGAGAGGUGCGUGCCCGGCUUUCCUUCUGCCUGUGAACAGAAGCUGGAGCAAGAGAAGCUGUCUGGGGUGGUAAAGAGAGUGCACCGGGAUCUGCGAAAGAAGUAUCGGGAAGGUAUAAGUGAAUCCGCUGUACAGGGCACACGGCAUACUAAAGCUGGAGACUUUGAGAAAAUCUGGCUGGAACACUGUAAAGAUAAGGGAAGGUUGUGUGAAUAUGCAGUUGCAAUGAAAGCCUUGGCAGAUAAUCACUGGGCAAAGAAAUGUGAAGGGGAAGGCCGCAUUGAAUGGUGCCUCGGUGUUUGCCAAGAGUAUUUUUUCAAUGGGGGAAAGAAGAAAGCAAUAGAAAAAGAUGCAAGGAGAGCUACUUUAAAUAAGCUGCAGUCUCCAAACCAUGCAGAAGAUGGAGUUUCUGAUUUCAGUGUUCCAAAUAUUAAACCACUGAAUGAUGAAUAUAUGACUGGCAAGAUAAGAUUGCUUGAUGUUGGAAGCUGCUAUAAUCCUUUUUUGAAAUAUGAAGACUUUUUGGCUGUUGGCAUUGAUAUUGUCCCUGCUGUUGAGACUGUUUGCAAAUGUGAUUUCCUGAACCUGCAGAUACAGAGGCCACUUCAGUUUGCUCCAGAUGCCAUUGAUGCCUUUCUGAAACAACUAGAAAGCCCCAUUGAUUAUUUACCAGCUGAACUUUUCCAUGUUGUUGUCUUUUCAUUACUUCUUUCUUACUUUCCUUCACCUUACCAGCGAUGGAUCUGCUGUAAAAAGGCCCAUGAACUUCUUACUUUGAAUGGCUUGCUGCUCAUUAUAACACCGGAUUCUUCACAUCAAAAUCGACAUGCUGUAAUGAUGAAGAGCUGGAAAAUUGCUAUUGAGUCUCUUGGCUUUAGACGUAUGACCUACUCCAAAUUUUCACACAUGCAUCUCAUGGCAUUUAGAAAAACUUCACUAAAAACUACAAGUGAUUUGAUUACUAUGAAUUAUCCAGAUAUGCUUUACAUCCCUCAGGAUUUUAAUUAUGAUGGAGAAGAGGAUUAUUUCAGUCCUUGCUGUGCCCGAUCAGAACUUGAAGAUGAACAACUUGCAUGUGGUUUUACAGAGCUACCAGACACUCCCUAUGACUCUGACUCGGGAGAAAGUCAAAACAGCACAAUGCCUUUCUAUGAGUUUGAAGAUCCUAUACUACUGCUAACAUAGGAUAGUGCCCAAAGCCUUUGUGACUGUAAUGCCAAAAAGCACCUAUCCUGGGACAGACAUUAAACAAGAUAGUUUAAAGGAUUUAGAAGUCCUAAAUAUACCUUAACUGCACGUACAUUGUAAAAAUGGUUAAAAGUCCCUGUUUAAGGCUUCAUGUUCCAUUAAAUAGUUAUGGCCAAUUUUUGAGCUUUGGCAUGAUUUUCCUGAUUGCAGCUUGUUUAUUUUCAGUUAUUUUCCAGGCAUUUCAGCGCAGCAGCUAAACUAGUUAGUGAACAGUUUUGGAGAUUAGGUUUCUCUAUUGGUUGUGAUAUCAAGCUUUUUUCUUGGCAUUUUCUUCAAAAUGUUUCUGAUAUUAACAUUUAAAAUUGCCGUUUCCCUGUUUCUAAUUCCCUUAGUGGCUGUGGAAUUUAUAAAGUAAAUAUUUUGACUUUACUGAUAAUCAGUAUUAAAUAGGUUUGCUGUGUUCAGCACUGGACCACAGUGCUCCAGCGUGAGCAAUUUCUAGAGCAGCUGGGUGUCAUGCCGCUUCUUAGUGUGUGGCAUUCUAGGCUUAGGCCUUUCUGACCAUGCCACAAAUCCAGGCCUGGCUGUCACUCCUAACUGCUGCAGACACAGCAGCACUCAAAUCCCCCCAUGUGCCGUAAAGCCUGCUUGGUUUAACAGGCUGAGCACAAGCUUCCAGAUACCAGUUUAUUUUGGCUCACUUAGCAGUCCACCGUCAUGAUGCAAUAAUACUGGAUGCAUAGCCACUGCAAUCCGUAAAUAGCACACUUUUUACCAGAUGCACUGCCCCAAGAUUCCUCUAACCUGCACAGAGAAAUCCCAUACAUAGUAUGCACUGAAAGAACCAAGAUUAUAAGUGAACCUCAGGAUAUUUAGAAGAAAGUGAUUCACUGUAAAUUAAGUAACCUUUUGGUAACCAUCACCCAGAAAUCUCACUAAAUGUGAAAAGAAAAUCUUAAAGGGGAGCUACACACUAAAAUGAAUUUAUAUCAAUUUACAUGCACUUUACAUGCAUUUUCUACCAUUUAAAACAGAAAAUGUACAUAAACUGCAAAAGUACUCAAAGGCCUACUCUGAUUACGUUUGCACCAAUUCAAAUUUUAGGGUUUAGAUCGUCUUUAAGAAGAAAAUCUCAUUCAAAUAAAUAUACCUAAGUUACGGGUAUAUUGUACCACCCCAGAAUCACUGUAGUUGUUUUAGGAGGAAGUUGGCCCUAGUAUGGUCAGAGUUCUGUCAGAUCUUAAUUUUUCAGCUGGUCCCCCCUAUUGCAAUGUCAUUAUGGAAGCACAGUAUAACUAGUCUUGUCAUAGUGAAUGUGAUUUCGGCUUUUUGGAGUAUUCUGCUUUCAGUUUAUUACAUGAGUUUUGUAACAGGCCAAAGCCUGACCUUAGAUUUGGAUAAGCUUGAUAGCUAAUAUGAUUUGGUCCAUUGCUGCCAAGUGUUAAAAAUAAAUAUCACUUGAUUUCAGAUCCUUAUAUGAAGGAGUGCUGUGUAGUUAAGGGUUCGAAGAAAUCUAAAUGUUGCACAGGUACAUUUUAUCAUCUAGAUAUUGGCUAAGCAGUCAUUUCUAGACACUGUAGAACAAAGGUGUUUUAUUCAUUUAUGAUGCCUUGCUGAAUCUUUGCACUAAAAUAUUUUAGACUUAUUCAUAUAAGCUAAUUAUUUUGAUUUUGUUUUUUUCACAUUUGUUUUAAGUUAAGUAUUUCAUGCAGUCAAGCCCUAUAAAGAUAUAUGGUACCAUUAUCAGAGGUUUGAAAACCAACAUUCUGAUUCAUGUUAACAUUUGCAACUUUUUCCUUUGUUUCUAAUAAAACAUUAAAAAAAGUGUUUAAUCUG